CUUCAUUUUACAACCUCCUGUGCGACAAAAAACCACAUAAAUAACCAUGGCAUUCGAGUUUAUCGACAAUAGCGUCGCGAUCGACCGCGUAGCGAGGCGACGCAUUCGCACCCACGCAGCGAGAGGCAAGAACGCCAACAGAACUCUAGCACGCUCCUCUAAGGCCGUUGUUCUUAAGAAAGACAAUUCUGUGACUCCGUUUCGUGCACCUGCGAGCAUUCGAAAAGCCCAUCGAUCGACAAGCGACAGGGUUAGUGAUGCGGAGGUGGUUGAAAUUGAGAGACCGGUUAGUGAUGGAGUAUUGUUCCCUAUACCGGUACCUGCGAGGUCGAGGGGAUUGGUUCGAGAGGCUCUGUUCUUCUUCAGCAGCGCUCGAUAUAACCCUGAACUUGAUGGCGCGUUAGAAAUGCCAGACCAUAUGGGGUCCGUCUGGGUGCGAUAUUUCUUUCUCGACGAGGCUUACUUCCACUGUUCCGUGGCAACAACGAUCCUCUGCUCCAAGAACCUCGUCAAUGAGACCACGCAAGGCAUGUACCAUAUUGCGCGCACCUAUCGAAUUAUCCAGGAGCGGUUGAUGAACGCUACAGAUGCGACGUCGGAUAUUACUAUUGCGAUACUCGUGGUUAUGUCACAGUACGAACGGUUGCAAGGCCAGUAUGAGCGGGGCUAUGUUCAUAUUCAGGGCUUGCGCCGGAUGAUUGAAUUGCGUGGCGGUGUUAAGCGGUUUGGUGGUGAGUGCUGUGGUGUUAUCCUAAAGGUUCUGAGGGCUGAUUUGGAGUACGCUUUGCAACUUGGCUCAAGGACGUUAUUUGGCUUUGACGGCGUCGAGUAUCUUCGUACUCUAAGAUCCGUCCAUUCUGAUGAUGAGACGAGGCCAAAUAGCCAACUCGACAAUUUGGAGACUGAUGGACUCCUGCAAGACCUCCUGCGAGAAGAUCUAUGGACAACAUCUAAGUGCAUAAAAAGCGUCGCCGUAAAGCUCAACGAAGCUGGUGCUGGACAAAGACAAAAACUAGGUGCCGACGAAUUUCAUCAUACUAUUUUAUUCCUAGGAUAUUCCCUUCUGCAAAUAAGCCCGCUCAGCGAUUCUGAAUCUGAUUCGACUCCCGCGCCGAACAUGAGUAUCCUUGAGAAAGCCAUCUACCUUGGACUUAUUGCGUUCUUGGUGUCGUUUCUAAGGGGAUUGGAUCAGCGUAUAUCAGAAAACCCUCUAUUGUCUCAACGGCUUCGUCUCACUAUCAAGGAUCUAUCGCUAUCUGUCGAAACAGGUCAGGGGAGCAAGGUUGAUAAAUGCGUGCUUCUCUGGACGCUCUUUAUCGGGUCGGUUGCUAUAUUCAAACCUUCAGAUGAUGAGUGGCUCGUACCUACAACCCGCACUGCCAUGCAAACACUGGAUCUUUCUACCUGGGAAGAUGUCAGGCGGAUACUAGCUACAUUCCCUUGGGUUAAUGCACUGCACGACCGAGCAGGCAUAGUGCUGUGUUCUACACAAAAGUUUCUCGAAAUCCCGUAUCAAUCAAUUUGAGUUCUCAAAGCUAACAUAUCAAACAACUAAUUCGCCAUGUGAAACUUAUUUCCCGAAUGCCUUUUCCACUGCACCGGGUGCGGUGGCAUCGAUUUCCUUAACAAUGAGGUC